AUGCGUUGGUUUGAUCAGUCGGAGGAAAAGCAGGGCGGAGGCUGCAGCUACAGGAAGGCGCUGCGUCACUGUUGGCCCGAGUGCAUGGAAUCUGUGUGUGUUUGUGCUGGCCAUGGACGGGCCUCCGGCGGGCAGCGAGAGGAGCCACGGAGACCAGCACUGACCAAAAGUAAUAAUAAGUCACUUCACAUGGUGACCUCGGCUUGCAUCCCUGCUCCGUCCAAUGACAUGCAGCGGAGAGGGACGGCAUCGUCGCGGCAAAUGCAACACAUGGGGUCCACCAAGUCUCUGACCUACAGCAAACAGAGGAACACCCUGCCGAGGAGCUUCAGCGUGGACCGCGUCAUGGAGAGAGUCAUGGAACGCCACUACGACUUCGACCUCACCUACAUCACCGAGAGGAUCAUCUCGGUGUUUUUCCCGCCCAAACUGGAGGAGCAGAGAUACCGGCUGAACCUGAAGGAGGUGGCGGCCAUGUUGAAGUCCAAACACCAGGACAAGUUCCUGUUGCUGAAUCUCUCUGAAAGACGCCAUGACAUCAGCCGCAUCAACCCAAAGGUGCAUGACUUUGGCUGGCCCGACCUGCACGCCCCGCCGCUGGAUAAGAUCUGUGCCAUCUGUAAAGCUAUGGAGAUGUGGCUGACCUCUGACCCCCAGCAUGUGGUGGUCCUGCACUGCAAGGGUAACAAAGGUAAAACGGGAGUCAUCGUCGCAGCCUACAUGCACUACAGCAAGAUUUCAGCAGGGGCGGACCAGGCGCUCAGUACUCUGGCCAUGAGGAAGUUCUGUGAAGAUAAGGUGUCCUCCUCACUGCAGCCGUCCCAAAACAGAUACAUCUAUUACUUUGGAGGUCUUCUGUCGGGGGCCAUCAAAAUGAACAGCAGCCCUCUCUUCCUCCACCAAGUCCUGGUUCCGUCUCUGCCCAACUUCCAGGGAGAAGGAGGUUACUUCCCGUUCCUGAAGAUCUACCAGUCCAUGCAGUUGGUCUACACUUCAGGAAUUUAUAACCUUCACGGCACUGGGGGGAGGAGGCUGUGUAUGAACGUGGAGCCGGCUCUGCUGCUGAAGGGAGAUAUUUUGGUGAAGUGCUACCACCGCAGGGCUCACACUCCAGACAGAGACACCGUUUUCAGGCUGCAGUUUCACACAUGCACCAUCCACGGAUCACAGCUCUGGUUUGGGAAAGGAGAGCUGGACGAGGCUUGUGCCGACGAGCGUUUCCCAUCUGACGCCACAGUGGAGUUUGUCUUCUCCUCGGGACCAGAGAAGAUUAAAGGUCGGGACCACCUUAAGAACGACAGCGCAGUGACAGUGGACUACAACACCGGAGACCCUGUGGUCCGCUGGGACUCUUAUGAGAACUUCAAUGAGCGCUACCAGGACAGUCUGGAGGACAUCGCCCACACCAGAGGUCCUGUGGACGGCAGCCUUUACGCCCAGAUCAAGAAGCGCAGAGCGGCGGGGUCCGGGUCGCUCACCUCCACCAACGGCAGCAGUCCGGGAGCGGGCCUCAUGGACGAGCGGAGCCAUCAUCUCAUAUCCCACAGCUCCGACUCCGGCCUCUCGGCUCACUCCGGACAUUUGACCCAGUUCUGCCUGCACCAGGAAGACCCUGCACCCAUGUCCCCUCCACCGCCCACACGCCAGGAGCAGGAGGAGCUAGAGCGACUUCUGGGUGGGAUCGAGGGGCGAGACGGCGAGCGCGAGACGGCGAUACUGGACGACGGAGACUCCCUGCCCCCAUCCGAGAGAAACGGGACACUCCGGUUGAGCCGCUCCUGCUCUUGCCGCGACGGUUACCGCUCCCAGCGCUGUGCCGAGCCGGGCUGUGAUAGAACCCUGCUCAUGCCCAACGGGUACUGCCUGGACCGCGCUCCCGGGACCAACGGCCAUCACGGCGCCACCCCCGCCAGUGCGAACUCUCCUCCCACGUCCCACAUGGACCUAUGCCAACACUACUCUGCCCACACUCACCAGUCCUUACCGCCUCCCGAUCUGGUCUGGGACAGGCAAACGGGGCAGCACUACUUACACAGGUCGUGCUCCGAAACGUCCCGUCAUUCGUACUACCCGGGCCCAGAUCUGCCACCGCACCACCAUGGCUAUUCCCAUCACCGUCCAUGUUGCCCCGACGAUCAAUAUCCCAACUACCACCAGCCCCACGGCCACCACAGUCAUUCCAAAAUCAGCCCGACAUACCAUGACCUGAUGCUAAUGGACGGCGCGGCGCAUGCUAACUGUCCUUGUCGAGAUUGUGCGGUGCGCCGAGAGGAGACGUAUCACGCUUUGAGGAUGGAGCGGGGCGGCGAUAGUUUUCACUGGGACAGGGAGGCGGAGCUUCCACAGCGAGAGGUGGGGCUUAGGAGGACAAGGGAGACGGAGAUUCAGAGGGACUUGCACUGGGACCGAGACCCGAGGCGAGUGCGGGACGUGGCUUAUCACUGGGACAGAGACCCGGAAUGGGAGCGGGAUAGAGAGGCGGAGUAUUGGCACAGGAGAGCCACUGUGGCCUCGUACGGCCCGCAGUCGCAUGAUCUCCCCGCGUUUUCGUUUGACCCGUUGCCGUCUGGCCACCCGGCGUACCCCGAGGCGUCCCGCUCCCACGCACACUCACACCUGGACCUGAAGUACAGCAGCAGCAGCGGGUACCAGACGCCGCGGCAGGCCUGUCCGUGCUCACCCUACCAGCCCUCCCCUUCGGAAAGCAGGGGCUACGCGUCCGGGUACCAGUCCGAGUCCACGUCCCCGCUGCCUCCCGCCUCCUCCAUGACGGGACAUUGUAACCACCACGUCAACGGGACACACCACUGCCCCGAGGCCCAGCACCAGUCGUACCAGUCCGAGCCGCACGCUGAUGGCUUACGUAGUUCUGGGGAGAGCGUUGGCUGGAGGGACCAUCUUUCUCAUGGUUCAUUUAAAAGGGUUCACAGAGAGGUCCAUCCAGCCUGCUCCACUCCCUCCGAUAUGUCCGGACCGUCUACUCCUGUCCACACCAGCAGCCCACUACGCCACCAGGAGAGUCCCAGGCCUGGCAGCAGAGAGUUUGAGAUCCGGACCACAGACAUCAUCGGCAGUGACUGUGAGAGCCCCGGACCCCAGGAGGACCUUCACUGUGGGGAUGGACCUCAACAAGAAACCGCUACUAUCCUGGAAAACGGCUCUGGACCAACUCCGAGCGAGCAGACCAUCACGGGUUCAACACCCACACAGCAAUCCACAGACUGUCCAAAAGCAGCUCCACAGACAGAAACCCACAUCACAGACCUGAACCCGCUCAACCGGGCGCCUUCCCCAGUCCACGCCGCCCCCGCACCGGACGUCACCCCCUCGUCACCGACAGACGCCGCGGUCCAAACCCACCCUCAAAGCCAACCGCAAAAAUCCCCAAAUUCACCCACGUCCAACCAUUCCAACAGCAUGGAGGGCUCCCCGGUUUCAGAAAGUCCCGUCCCUGGAUUUGCCACGUUAGGACGCAAACUCAUGCUCUCAGACCACCACCCACACCCGAACCACGGAGUCUCGCCCCAUCACCCUCACCCCCAACCUCACCCCCACCCCCAACCCCAGCACCAUCCUGGUACUUUAGACCGGAGACCGUACCACCAGACCCACAGCCAGCAGCAGUACCACUCCAACUACUCCACCAUCUCCAUACCGCUGCCCCACCCACAGCCCCCACUGCUCCACCCCCAGCCCCCCCUGCCGGAGAAGAGGCACACACCGGCCCAGACCAGUCCUCAGAGUAACGGACCCAGGCAGUCGGUAGGAAGCCAGCACCACGUGACUUUUUCGCCAACUGUAGGGGAAAUAGUGCCACCUGCUGGACAAAACGAAGGCUCUGCAGAGACGGAGAACAACACCAGGGUCAGCGUGAAGUUUGUUCAGGACAGCUCCAGGUUCUGGUACAAGCCCGGCAUCUCCAGAGAACAAGCUAUUGCUGCGUUGAAGGAGAAAGAGCCUGGCACCUUCCUGAUUCGGGACAGUAAUUCAUUCCAGGGUGCAUACGGACUGGCCCUGAAGGUGGCCACGCCCCCGGCUAACAUCAACAACCACAGCAGCAAAGUGAGUGACCCUCUGGAGCAGCUGGUCAGACACUUUCUCAUCGAGACUGGACCACGAGGAGUCAAAAUCAAAGGGUGUCAGAAUGAACCAUAUUUUGGGAGCCUUUCCGCUCUGGUUUACCAACACGCCAUCACUCCAAUCUCUCUGCCCUGCGCUCUCAAGAUCCCAGAGAGAGAACUCACUGGAGAGAUUCAGGAGGUGCCCCCGGUGGCCAACAUCAGCACUGCAGCUGACCUUCUCAAACAAGGAGCAGCCUGUAAUGUGCUUUACCUGAACUCUGUGGAGACCGAGUCGUUGACCGGUCCCCAAGCCAUCGCCAAGGCAACAGACUCCACCCUGAGCCGGGCGCCCAGGCCUCCUGCCACCGUGGUCCAGUUCAAAGUGACCUCUCAGGGCAUCACUCUGACCGACAGCCAAAGACGUGUGUUUUUCCGAAGACAUUACCCGGUCAACAGCGUGACUUUCAGCAGCCUCGACCCCAAAGACAGACGGUGGACUAACCCCGACAACACCACCGUUAAAGUUUUCGGUUUCGUGGCUCGUAAACCGGGCAGCCCAGGGGAGAACGUGUGCCACCUGUUUGCAGAGCUGGACCCAGAGCAGCCCGCCACCGCCAUCGUCAACUUCAUCAACAAAGUCAUGCUCGCUCCCCGGAGAUAG